AUGAAUGAACCAUCGAAAAAAAAUAUUCGUAUAGGAAAUUCUAAACAGGUACAUGAUUUAGUUCAAUCAUGUGUAGAAAAAAAUAAUAAAAGUCAUCGUCUACAAUUGCAACCAUCAUCAAAUAAUACAACAGAAAAUAAAACAAAUUCAUUUCAACAACAAAAACAAAAUCAUAUUCAAAAUAGUAAAUCAACACCAAAACCAUUACUUGAUUGUUUAAAACCUGAACCAUUAUUAACAUCAAAACCAUAUGAAAAAUCAAUAUCACAACGACGAAGAAAAAAUAAACCAUUUAAUCGUGAAAAUCUUGACCGUAUUAAUGACGAUCAAGUUAAUAAUCCUAAUAUUUCACCAGAAAAAAUUGAUAUGGAUCGUUCAACGAUUGAUAUUCGUGAACCAACACCUGAGCAUUUAUUUGCAUUAGAAAAAGCAUUUCAUAAAAUUCUUACAGAACGUUCUUUAUCUUGUAAUAGUCUUAUGCAACGACAGUUAGUAUUUACAAAAUUACAUCAAAUUAUUACUAAUGCACGAACAGAUUCUCAAAUAAAUUUAUAUGGUUCCAUAUAUUUUGAAUGUUGUUUGGAAAAACCAGGUGUUAUGGAUAUUGAUAUACAAUUUAAAGAAACAUCACAAUAUGAUGUACUUAAAGAAUUACUUGAUAUAGUAAAAAAAAGUGAUUUAUGUAAAGAAGCUGAAAUUGAUACUGAAUAUAAACCAUCAUGUAUUAAUUUAAUAAUAAAUGAACCCAAUAUGCGUGUAAAAAUAACAUCAGGUUAUCAUCGUGGAUUGUAUUUAUCAAAAUUAAUUCGUCUUUAUACUAAAUUUGAUCGACGUCUUAUUAAAUUACUUCGAUUAUUUCGAAUACUUACAAAAACGUGCAAUAUUGAUAAACCAGAAUUAGGAACACUUCAUCCAAUUGUUUUUCAUAUAAUGGUUAUUCAUUUUCUUCAACAAGUUGAUCAACCUGUUUUACCAUGUCUUCAUGAAUAUGCUUAUGGAAUUGAUCGUGUGCCAAUAACAUUAAAUGAAAAUCAAUAUCCAGAAUUUUUUAAUGUUUGUGAAAAAUAUUCACAUGAAUGGAAAUCAAAGAACACAACAAGUGUUGAAAUGCUUUUUCUACAAUUACUAUCCUAUUAUAUUAAAACAUUUAGUUCAAAACAAUUUGUUGUUUCAAUACAAACUCGAAUGCCCGUUAUGAAAAUAGAUAAAAAUUGGCGUAGUAGAAAAUUACUUGUUGAAGAUCCAACUGAUAUAAAACGAAGUUUAUGUCAAACAAUGCAAUCUAUACGUUCAAUUGAUUAUUUUCGUAGUACAUUAAAUUCUGCAUUAAAUUAUUUUGCUCGAAAACAAAAAAACCUUAAAAAAACAAAUUCAAAUCAAUGUUCAAUUGAAAAUAAUGAUGAUGAUUUAAUUGAAAUAUUUUCUGAUGAUACAAAUGAUAUUCCAACAAAUGAACCAAACAAUUCUUUACAUAAUUCAUAUAAAUUAUUUUAUAAACGUUUACCACCAACAGUUGUACGUGAUGUUAAUAUAAAACAAGGUCGUGUACGAGAAUAUUAUAAACGAACAUUUGAUAAUGGAAAUAAUAAAUUGCCAAAACCAAUUAUUCAAUUAAAUUCUUCAAAUAAUAAAUUAGAUAAUUUAGUUGAUAAUGAUAUUCAAGAAGCAUUUCAACAUGAUCUUGAAAAUAAUUUUGAAGUUAUGGAUGAAAAUGAUGAUGAUGAAAAUGAAAAUCAUUUACAUUUAUUACAAAGAAUAAUAGCAAAUGAGGAUGAUGAUGAACAAUUUUUAAAUGAUAGUUUACAACAGAUUACUAUUGAACAACAACAAGAAACAAUUCAUGAAGAAUCUCCAACAAUUGAAGACGAACAACAAUCAAUUGUCGAUGAAUCACCGACAACACCAAACGAUACUCAGCAUGAAAAUAUAAUUGACGAUAAAGAAGAAGAAUUGCAUGAAAAUUUAGAAACAUCAUUAUCUGUAGAUAAUCCAUCAAUAAAUGAUAUUCAAUCUUCAACUGAAUUACAUCCAUCAAAAGAAAAUUCGAACAAAUCGUCUUGUUCAUCGCCAAUAGAUAUUAAAACAAAAUCUACAACAACUGAUAAUGGUAUUGGUCAACUUCCAUCAGCAUUUACAUCACCAAUUGAACUUGAACAAAUUAUCGAUAAUGAACAAUCAACUAGUGACAAGAAUGCUGUCACAAAUAAUUCUACUGAACUUUUUUAUGAUUUUCGACCUGAAAAUUUUCAUGCUGAACAGGGUGCUCCAUAUGUGUGUACAACUUGUAAUGGCAUUGGACAUUUAAAAAGUGAAUGUCCUGAAUUAAUUAUUCCCAAUAUGAUCGAUUUACCAGCUAUUAGUGAACAAUGGAUUCAAAUAUUAUCAAGACUUUGUCGACAAAUUACUGAUCGAUUUAAACCAAAAAAUAAUGAUGUUGAAAAUCGUCGACAAAUUUUAAGUCAAUUAGAAAAACAAUUUCAAAUAGAUUAUCCUGAUUGUAAUUUAUAUGCAUUUGGUUCAUAUUAUAAUGGCUUUGGUUUUUGUCAAAGUGAUUUAGAUGUUUGUAUUGUAUUUAAUGACGAACGUGAACAAAAUAAUGAUGAAGUUAUUAGAAUAAUGCAAAAGAUUUUGCGAGCAAUGAAAUCUUCAAAUACAUUUGAUGAUGUUCAACCUAUACUUCAAGCUAAAGUACCUAUUAUUCGAACAAGACAUCGGCAAUGGCAUAUUGCAAUUGAUAUAAGUCUUCAUAAUAUGCUUGCUAUUGAAAAUACACGAUUAUUAAAAACAUAUACUAAGAUUGAUCCACGUGUAUCUCAAUUGGGUUAUAUGAUUAAACAUUUAGCAAAAUUAUGCUAUAUUGGUGAUGCAAGUCGUGGUACAUUAUCCAGUUAUGCAUAUAUUAUUAUGCUUAUUCAUUUUUUACAACAAAUUCAACCACCUGUUUUACCGGUUCUUCAAAAGAAAGAUAUUUGGAAAAACGAAAAUAAAUUAUCAACUGGUGCAUUAUGGAUAGAAUUUUUACGCUUUUAUACAGAACAAUUUAAUUAUGAAGAACAUAUUGUAACUAUUCGACAAAUUGAACCAUUAUUAAAAUGUGAAAAAGGAUGGUUUAGACAAACAAUAGCUAUUGAAGAUCCAUUUGAAUUAAGUCAUAAUUUAGCUGGUGGUCUAUCUCCUCGAAACUGGAUUGUUAUUCGUCGAGUUUUUAUUCGUGCUCGUCAACAAUUUGGUGUACAACCUGAACAUAUCGAUAUUUCAAAUCCAGAUAUGUUAUUUAUUGAGGUAAAUAUCCUACAUGAUUCAAACCAUACAAAUACUGUCGGUAAACCGAUCGGAGUACUCUGCAGUAUACAGCUGGUUUUCUUUCAAAGUGUUGUAUCAUAG